AUGUCGACAGCUCCUCUCCAGUCCACCGAGGUCGCGACCGGCGACGCCCUCGCCAAGCAGAUUGCCGGCAUCAUCGAUGUAGACGUCAAGAACACGACGUCGUCGGCCCAAGCCACGGCGGCUGAAGACACGGCCGACAAGAUUGACGCGCUCUUCCAGAAGGCGCUCGCCGCAAACAAGGACGGCGCCGAGGACUUCCUCUACACCCUCUGGGAUGUCGUCAUCAAGUCGGCCGUGACCAUCCCCGCGACCGACCAGCGCCUGCAGCAGCUCGUCAGCGUCAUCGAGGCACUCCAGAAGAAGAAGACAGCCGAGGUUGAGAUUUGGGAUGCCAAGACUUGGGUGUGGAAGGACCUGCCUAUGCUUGGUCCCGCGCUGAGAGAAGCAUGGAACUUCAAGCCCGAGUUGGACGGCAAGGAAGAUCACGCGUCGCUCCAGAGAUGGAUCUCGCUCAACUCGUUUGCCGCGCGCAUCCUCGGCCACCGUAUCCAGUCGUCCUUCAACCUCGGCCUGUGGGAGCUGCGCGCCGGCCUCGAGGAGAAGCACCCGUCCGAGGCGUCGCGCGACCUGCACCUCAGCACCGCCAGCGAGUGGCUCUGGCACGCCGGCGACGAACUGCACCGCCUGUCGUCCGCCGCCGCGGGCUCCCUCAAGCAGGAGGAGGUGGACUUGACCAAGGCCGGCAGCCUCGUCGAGGCCCCCAUCAAGGGCCCGUCCAAGGACCGAUGGACGUUUUGGAAGAAGCGCCUCGGCGAGCUGUCGUCGGAGAUGUCUUGUGCGGCCAAGGAAGAGGGCCUCAAGGAGAGAGUGGACGGCGUGGUGAAGAAGAUGAGCACGAUUGAAAAGGGUGGGAAAUAA